AUGUCGACCACCGGAGCGCGCGCGCGCGACGACGGCGGCGGGUCAUCGACGCGCACGUGCGUGGGGGUGACGACGUUCGACGACGCGCGCGAGAGUCGACGCGCGACGCCGACGUGCUACGGAUUCACGCGCCGGCGAGACGCGGCGCUGCGCGAAGAGCGGCGGACGCUGCGCACGGGGGACGUCGUCGGACGGUAUCGGUACGCGUGCCUGGGACGAAGCGCGCGCGCGGUGCCCUUCUACGCCGAGGGACGACGCGCGCCCACGCUGGAGGAGCGCAAGCGCGGGACGGAGUUCCCGGUGUGCCAAGGGCUGGAGGUGCUCGUCGCGGAGAGAGUGGACGAACGCGCGGCGCGGCGCGGCGACGGCGACGCGAGCGAAGACGACGCGACGGACGCGGCGAUGCGAAAGCGCGUCGGCGCGCGGGAGAUCAGGGAGACGCGCGAACGCGAGCUCGGCGCGAGCGCGGCGUUGGAGCGGUUCAACAGGAGCGCGGGGAAAAUUUCAGCCAACAUGCGGCGACACGCGAAGUUCAUCGGCGACGGCGCGUACUCGCUCUUCUUCACCGGCGGUCGGCGGUCGUGA